CACCGCCAGCCCAGCUUUUCAUAUGAAGCUACAGAGUACCUAGCCAUAGCACGUUCCACCCUCGACAUGCAGCACCGUAAACCCCUCCCCAUACUAUGGACGGAGCCAGCGCUGUGCUCGCCUUCGCCCAGUUGGGCCUCAGCCUCGCGACCACCCUGAACACCUACAUCGCCGACGUGCGUCACGGCCGCGAUGACAUCGCCAACCUCGCCAACGAGAUCGAGGCCACCGUCUCGCACGCCCAGGAGCUUGACCGCAUCAUCCAGGAGAACAAAACCACAGCUCGCUGGAGCGCCCACGGGCUGUUUUUGGCCAAGAAGUGUCUUCAGGAUUGCCAGGAUGUGAUCCAGCGGCUAUCGAGGCUGCUCCGCCGCUCGGGAGGUGGGGGCACGAUGCCCGCGGCGGCGGCCGGGGGUAGAUCCGUUCUCCCUGGCACAACCACCACCACCACCACCACGUCGGCGAGCGACACAACGAGCGACAGUCGGACGCUGGUCUCGCGCACGGAAAUCGAUGUGUCACUUUUUGGCCGCCUCUCUUGGCCGUUGUUCAAGCCCCAGCUGCAGUUUCUGAAGCAGGAGCUCCAGAAGAUUAAGAUCGAGAUGCUGCUGGCGCUGAGUACUUACCAGGCUAGUUCCACGUCGAAAGAGGAAGACCGGAAGGCGAUCGUCGAGCGCAUCAUCGCGCUGUGGCGGUCGCGCACCGUCGCGCGCCGCGAGCUCGUUCUCUGUGGGCGUAGACUUGAGCGCGUGAACCGCCCUGGAUACGGGAAUGAUCCUAGACAGAAUGGGCGGUUCACUACCUAUAUUCGCGAGGAACGGAAUGAGGAACCCGCGCACGAUAUGCCAGGGACUAGAGGCAUCUCGCCAGACGACCCCGACCGCGCGUAUGCUCGUCACCGCGGCCGGCGUCCGACGCGAGAUGUGCCUGAGGAUUUUGAGAAAGAGCGACCGUACAUGCCUGGCGAUGAGCUCUAUCGAGAAGCUACGUUUGAUAUCCCUGGCGAUGUCAGCACCGAGCGAUAUGGGCCGCCAUACGCUCCGGACCCCGAGGACUCGGGGAAGAAAAACCCACUGAAGCAAGCCAUCGACUAUGCCCUAAAGUUUGCGCUGGCACCGGAGGAUGAUUCUCCAGCUGCGCAGCAAAGAAUCUCGUCGCUAUGGAGCAGAUACAAAGGAGACCCAGUGGCAUUGAGACAACUCCUAAGAAUGGUCAACACCGUCCCAUCGUCGCAACCCACCCCUAAAAUCCCACUCAUCCUGCAAGACCCCACCGCCGCAGACGGCCUCGCCUUCACCUGGUCCCUCCUCAUCACCAAGAACCCGGUCUCCUACACCGUCCACCCAGUCGACUACCCCCUCCCGCAGCUCAUGAAGCGCCUCGCUCGCGAAGAGCAAAAAUCAGCCCCAUCCGGAACCCUGCCCCUCGACGCGUACGCAACCCUAACAACCCUGCCCUCGGGAUACCAGAGCAUGAUCAGCAACUGGCUCAUCCCCAACCCCUCCGCGCGCCACCACUGGAUGCUUCUCGUCCUGGACCCGGUGUACCCACCACCCGCAAAGGACACCAGAACCUGGCGUCAGCGUCUCAAACUCUCCCGCCCAGGUCCACCGCAAGACCACCCCCGCGAACCGGCAAGUGUGCUCGCCGUCUUCAAACGCUGCACGCAAGCGGAUCCUCGCGGCGGCAGCUCCCGCGCGGAGUUCAGCGCCUCGACCAAAAGAUUGCUGGGCUCAGUCACCCCAGCCGUAGCGGGGGCACUGAUCGCGGCACUGCGGGAACGCGCUCGGGACCGUCGGGGAGCCCGAUCGCCUGCUUCCCGCAGCCCUUCGCGGCCGCGGUCCAGAUCUCGGUCGCGAGUCUACGAGCGUGGGCCGUACCCGAUGGACGGCGACGGUCCGGGUGCCCGGCCGCGAUACCGGUACAGGCCGCGCGAGCGCAGCUAUGAGCGUGAGGCGCGGCCUAUGCGCGCCGAGGACCCUCGGGCGGGCCCGGUGCCCGAGCCGCGGGUAUACGCUGAGGAGGUGACGGAUGAUUCAGAGGGAGAGGUGAGUGGGGACGAAGGGGGGACAAAGGCCGAGUUGGCGGAUCGGAUUAUGACGCGGUAUACGGGGCAUUUGGUGGCGCGGGAUGGGAGGAAGGAGGAUGGGGGAGGAUGA